AUGUUAAAAGAGAAGAGACUGAGAGAUGAGAAGACAAAAGAAGAAUUGAUGAAACUGAAAGCUGUGGAACAGGAAGAAGGGAGAAGGGUUAGAAAAGAGCUUAUUCAGAGGGUUGUGAAAGAGAGUAAGAGGAAAGAGAAUGAGCUAAAGUCUGAGAAGAAGAAAGAGCAAAAGGAAAGAGAGAAAAACAAAGCUCUAAUAAACAAUGAUGAAAUUAUACAAGGGCUGGAGAAGAACGCUUCUGAGAACGAACAAAUUGCCACCAAGCAAUUGCAACUGGUUCUUAGUGAAUUAAGAGAGGCUGAGGAAAAGAAAGAAGAGGAGCGAAAGGAAUUAGUGGGAAUGUUGCAUGAGGAGCAACAAAAGAGGGAAGAGGAAGAGAGGGUCCAGACCACGAAUAAACUCAUUGAGCUUGCCAUCCAUUGUGAGAAGUCUUUGGACCAAUUCACAAAGACUGGUAUGGAAUCUGCUCAAUACAUGGAAAAGGACUUUGUGUUUGCUGCUGAUGAUGGACUUAUCCAAGAAUCUGAUUCACAUUCCAUUAUGGAGACACUCAAACCCUCCAAAUCUACUAUUUUCUUGGGAACUUCAGAAACAGAAAGUCAGGAAGUUCCCAAAGGAGAGACCAACACUCUUCCAACCACCACUGCCAGACGCACUAAAUGGAAGAAGAAGUCCAAAUAUGUCUCCAUGGUGGAAUUUAAUUCCCUCAACCAGAAGUUGUUUGAGGUUCUUGAGCUUGUAAACAAGAUCCCUCCAUCUAAAGAGAAAUUUGUGAGCAAGGAAAAGUUUGUGGAAAUGCAAAAGCUUGUGACAUCCUUAGCCCAAAGGGUUCCUAAUCUCGAGACAAGGGAAAAGAUGCUUCGGGAAUCAGUUGUCAAAUCUACUGCAGAUGCUCUGAAGAAAAUGGAGCAGAAAAGGACCGAUGACACAUUUAAAUAUUUGGAUCGGAUGGAUGAGAUGCUGAAAAUGGUGAAGGAAAUUCAACAGUCCUACGAUGACCUCACCAACAUCGUGGGCCGCCAACAUGGAGAUGAGAUUGUCCGUUUAAGUGAGCAGCUUUGUGACUAUCGCAACAAAAAUAUAAUUCUUCAGGCUAUUUUGGUUAAAGUAAUACAAUCUGCACAACAACUGCUAAGACCCCGCAAUGUAAGAUUCGAUGAAAUCCUAUUCGCCAUCCAGAAAAUUCAAAAUUUUUUGGAUGUACUUCCAAAGACUCUAUCCAAUGAGGAGCUAAGCAAACAGGUUCCUCAAUCGUUCCAAAAAGUGUUUGACCUGAUAGAGAACUUAAAAGGUUCAAAAUCCAUGGAUGAAGCUGGGUAUUCCUCCAUAAAAAGGGGAGAGGAUGAAAAUGUGGUGAUAACAGAAACUUCUCCUUCUCCCAAGAGAGAUGAGGUAUCCAGACCUCGUCCACCUCCAAAGACUACAAUUCCUCCAUCAUCACCAAACAUUGAUCUCAUCUGA